AGCACCUGUGAAGCAGUCAGGCUGAUCAGAGCAUCACACCAAAGCCUCUUUCCCCUUUGGUAACACCUCCUUCUUGACUGCAUGCAGGCAGCAGAGCUGUUACCUAGAUACAAGCCGGAGACUGAGCGACCUGCGCUGAUGAGCAUCACUUAGUUCGGCUGCAGACGCAGGAGCGGCUGGCUUUUCUCCGCAGGAUGGGGAUGAAACGCGUCCAGGCGGAGAACAGGAGCGCUUCUCUCGCGUUGUUUCACCGCUAAAACCCAGAGAGGCUGCGCUCGGUGCGGAAAGUGGCGACUUAAAGAACAGAUGGGUGGGAGCUGAAACAUCAGAAGAACGAAUCAUCGGGAGGAGCACAGGCAUGGGUGACGUCUUGCUUCCCGGUGCUGAAAUGACCGCUGAGGCGUGGGAGAAUAGCAGCUUGGCGAGUCCUUCGCCUGGUGUCCCGCUGUUUCUACUCAUGUUCAAUGACAGCGACCAGAAUGAGACGCUGUUUAACUCCACCAACUCCACCUUUCUAGAUGUCUCCUUGGGUCCCAGUGUGGCUGGAGUCCUCAUCCCUCUUAUAUACAUCAUUGUCUGUGUCGUCGGCCUGGGUGGAAACACUCUGGUGAUCCACAUUGUGCUGCACUACUCAAAGAUUGAAUCAGUGACCAACAUUUACAUCCUGAACUUGGCCAUCGCUGAUGAGCUCUUCAUGUUUGGCCUGCCCUUCCUGGCGGUCCAGAACACCCUCCAGUCAUGGCCCUUUGGUUCCUUUAUGUGCCGACUUGUCAUGACGGUGGACUCCAUCAAUCAGUUCACCAGCAUAUUUUGCCUGACUGUGAUGAGCAUCGACCGUUACCUUGCUGUUGUGCACCCAAUCCGCUCCUCAAAGUGGCGGCGCCCUCAGGUGGCCAAGGUGGUGAACGGCACCGUGUGGGCUCUGUCCUUCCUGGUUGUUCUGCCGGUAGUGAUUUUUGCCAACAUCCAGAAGGCAGGAGGCACCUGUAACAUCGCCUGGCCCCAGCCGGCCAACAUUUGGAGGGCUGCGUUUAUCAUCUACACCUCCACUGUUGGGUUCUUCUGUCCCCUCCUUAUCAUCUGCCUCUGCUACCUGCUCAUCGUCUUCAAGAUCCGCAGUUCAGGUAAAAAGGUCCAUGCCACCUCAACAAAGAGAAGGAAGUCGGAGCGAAAAGUAACACGUAUGGUCGUGAUUGUUGUCGCAGUCUUUGUCUUCUGCUGGUUGCCUUUUUAUGCCCUCAACAUCCUCAACUUGCUGGUGUCUCUGCCUUCAGAGUACCAGGGACUUUACUACUUCGUUGUCGUUCUCGGAUACGCCAACAGCUGUGCCAAUCCAAUUGUUUAUGGCUUCUUGUCCGACAACUUCAAGAGGGGUUUCCGUAAAGCCCUAUGUCGCUCAACAAGAAAAGUAGAGAGCCAUGAGCCCGUGGAGCAUCCACUGCAGCCAGAAGAGGGGAGGAGGGCGAUGAUGCCGAGAGAGAGCCUAAGGCGAGUUAUUAGAGACGAAGAUGACGACGACGAGGACGUCUCAGAAAUGACGGAGAUCUACAGAAUCACCCAGAACGGAAACACCAGUUUCCUGCCUCAGAGCUCGCAGCCACAGAAAGGAGCGUCAGCAUCAGAGAUGGAAAUGCCGUCACCAGACAGAAACUGCAGCGGAGAACCCAAAGGGACGGAACCCACCAACGGGUCGUCACUGACGGUCCCGCUGCUUCUUAACGGAGCUAAAAACGGGAGCGUAAAAACUCUGCCAGAAGAAAACACAGAACAGAGCGCAUCAUUAGAGAUAAGUUAUUUAUAGUUGGACAUAUAAAGUGGAUCAUCAGUGAUGGGGGCCUGUUCAUUUGGCUGAUCGAUGUGUAUGAAUAUAUUCUGUAUAUAUGUAUCUGAUAUCUGGUCUAAUUUGUGCCUUUAUUUACCACUUGGAUGUGCUGUGAUGGUCACCUCUUGUUUUGUUGCAUUAAAUGUUUUCAACAAGUGCGACACAAAGGAAAAUUCACAAAGCCAUUUUAAUGUGCUAGAUGUCUAAAAAUCAGAUUUUACUGGUCAAACUAAAUGGAAAAGAAAAUUCUGAAUUUAUUGUUUGUGCAUUUGGUAUAAUAGUGAGUGCAAAACAUGGGCAAAAAUCUGACCACAUGGUUUUUCUUUGUGAAUUUUCCGCUUGGUCACUUUGAAAUGCUUUGUACAUUUUGUUUAUUUGGAGAAUCACGGAUAAUAUUUUGGGUUUUUUUAUUGUUGCAGAAGGAAAGUUUAAAAUUACAUAGUUACGACAUGUUUAAAAUUUCUACAUUAGUGACUCCCUCUGGUUGCGUAAAAGGUUUUUUCAGAAAAAUUACUGCCUUACGCCACUUCCUAUGAUUUAUUUCGAUGUUUCAUAAUUUUUUUUUCUCAGUUUGUUUGUGAAUAAAGCCCUUUGGUAUAUUUACAACAACAAUGCAGGUACGAUACUUUCCUUUUGGUGGUAAAAAAAAAAA